CACACACACCGUGGAUAUUCUUUGGAGCAGCCCCUCCCUGUCUGAGCCCUAAAAUGUCUCCUGCUUCCUCUUGCCUAGGCCACUGCUCUGCGGGCCUGGUGCCUCCCUCCUCAGUGUGCCUUUCCUGGGCUGCUCAGCUCUGUGGGUCACUGUCCUGGCUGGGAAAGACAGUGUGUGUCCAGGGCUCCUUCAAGGACAUUCACAGCGUGAUCAUCACAGUGGCUGGAGCAGCCAGUGGCAGAACAGGAACCAGGCUCUGUGCACUACAGAUGGGACACUGAGGCCUGAAAAGCUUAGGGACUUGCCCAUGGAACAGAGCUGAUGAGCAGUAGCUUCUGGAUAUGAGUCUGGGUCUAAGUGACCACAGUCCUCCCUCCUGAGAAUGAGUAGCCCACAAAUGCUGCACAGGGUGUCUUGGGCACUGCUGAAGGGUGCACACAGCUGGGGGGCCCCUUGCUGUCAGGUGCCAGGGCAGAAUUCCACAUGCUACAGGGACAAUCCCAGCAGUGGUGCACCUUGAGAGGAGGGUGGAAUUGGCAGGCAGAGGAGAGGGAAAUGAGGGCCCCUUGGGGCAGCAAAACCUAAUCCAGGUCCUCCCUUGCCCUCACCUCGCACCCACCACACAACCCACUGCAGUAGAGCCUCCACCCCUCGCUUUGCCAUUUGUUCAGUAAAUCUUUAGUGAGCAUCACUUAAUAAAACCCUAUUCUCAUAGAAUAAGAAACAAAUUAUUAGGAAGUAAUCGGUGCGAGGAAAGCACAUGUAAGGAUCCGGGAAAGAGCAUUCCAGGCAGAGGGGACAGCAAAGGCAAAGGCCUGGAGGCAGGGCCCCACUUGGCUGUGUUUGAGGAAUGGUGAGAAAGCUAGAAUUUGGUAAGGGAAGGGCAAAGGAUAGAGUCAGAGAAGAGAUUGUGUAAAGCCUGGAUUUUAUUGGAGGUUUUCAAGCAAUGAGAUUUGUGAUCUGAUGCAUGAUUUAAAGACAUACCCCUCACCCCCUGCUCUGUGAGGACAGACAGAAAGAGGUCAGGGUGUUGCUGGGAUCAAGGCCAAGGUCAUGGCAGCUCCUCAGCCUGAGGCAGUGAUGGAGGAGGGACAGAGGCAGUUCCAGGAGAGCAGACAGAUCUCUGCUGAUGGACUGUGUAGCAGGGGAAGGAGUGAGGCAGGGAGGUAAAGGGGAAGUCAAAGAAAACAACUGCUCCUGCCAGUGUUACCCUGUGACUAAGGUGCCUUGUAUCAAUUCUCACCACUUACCUGGCCUGUCUGGUGGUAUGAGGUGGGCGCCAGAGAGUGAGCCCCCUCUGCCCUGGGGGCACUUCCUACAGGAGAGGGGUGGGCCAACCAGCCACGGAGGGAGGGCAGGGUGCUGUGCUCACUGGAAGCUAAGGGUCUGUGGGAACCUGGAUGAGGUGCCACACAUAACCCAGAUGUGGGGAACCAGAGAAGGCUUCAAGGAGGAAGUGACAUCUAAGCAGAGACCCAAAGGAGCCAUGAGCCACCAGAUCCUGCUACUCUUGGCCGUGCUGACCCUGGGCCAGGCCACCUCCCAACACCAAGACAAGGUGCCCUGUAAAACGGUGGACAAAGAGACCUUGUGCCAGGGCCUUGGCCUAUUCCAGGUCCCGUCAGACCUCCCGCUGGACAUUGAGAUCCUCAACCUGUCUGGAAACCAGUUGCGGAGCAUCCUGACCUCACCCCUGAGCAUCUACACAGCCCUUCGUCACCUGGACCUGAGCACCAAUGAGAUCAGCUUCCUCCAGUCGGGAGUCUUCCAGGCCCUGCCUCACCUAGAGCACCUUAACCUGGCCCGCAACCGCCUAGCAGUGGGCACCAUGCUAAGCACGUCUGGUCUGGGCCCCUUGCCACACGUGAUGUCCCUGGACCUGUCUGGGAACAGCCUGUACAGUGGCCUGGUGGAGCGGCUGCUGGGGGAGGCACCCGCCUUGCGCGCCCUCUCGCUGGCAGAGAACAGCCUGACGCGCCUGACCCGCCAUACCUUCUGGGGCACACCAGUGCUUGAGCGGCUUGACCUGCACAGCAAUGUGCUGAUGGACAUUGAGGACGGUGCUUUCGAGGCCCUGCCCCACCUGGCCCACCUCAAUCUCUCCAGGAACUCCCUCACCUGCAUCUCCGACUUCAGCCUCCAGCACCUGCGGGUACUUGACCUGAGCUGCAACAGUAUUGAGGCCUUUCAAACGGCCCCCAAUCCCCGGGCUGAGUACCAGCUUGCCUGGCUCGACCUGAGGGAGAACAAACUGCUCCACUUCCCUGACCUGGCCUCGCUCCCAAGGCUCAUUUACCUGAAUGUGUCCAACAACCUCAUCCGGCUCCCUGCAGGGCCGCCCCAAGGCAGUGAGGGCAUCCAUGCACCUUCUGAGGGCUGGUCAGCCCUGCCCCUCUCAAACCCCAGCUGGAACACCAGCACCAACUCCCUCUCCCAGCUCUUGAAUCUGGAUUUGAGCUACAAUGAGAUUGAGCUCGUCCCUGAGGCCUUCUUUGAGCGCCUGGCCUCCCUGCGCUUCCUGAACCUCAGCCGAAACUGCUUGCGGGCCAUUGAGGUUCGGCGCAUGAGCUCCCUGCCCUGCCUUAUGUUCCUGGAUGUCAGCCACAACGCUCUGGAGACACUGGAGCUGGGCACCAGAACCCUGGGGUCUCUGCGGACGCUGCUCCUACAGGAAAAUGCCCUGCAGGACCUGCCCCCAUAUACCUUUGCCAACCUGGCCAGCCUGCAGAGGCUCAACCUGCAAGGGAACCGGGUCAGCCCUUGCGGGGCGCCAGGUGAGCCUGGGCCCUCAGGCUGUGUGGCCUUCUCAGGCAUCUCCUCCCUUCACAUCCUGAACCUGGUGGACAAUGAGAUGGAGGUGCUCCCAGCAGGUGCCUUCCUCCACACACCACUUACUGAGCUGGACCUCUCUGCCAACCCUGGGCUGGAUGUGGCCACUGGGGCCUUGGCAGGCCUGGAGGCCUCCUUGGAGGUCCUGGCCUUGCAGGGCAAUAGAUUGGCUGUUCUGCAAGUGGACCUGCCCUGCUUCAGCUGCCUGAAGCGGCUCAACCUUGCUGAGAACCGCCUGAGCCACCUGCCUGCCUGGACACAGGCUGUGUCACUGGAGGUUCUGGACCUGAGGAACAACAGUUUCAGCCUCCUGCCCGGCAGUGCCAUGGGUGCCCUAGAGACCAGCCUCCGGCGUCUCUACCUGCAGGGCAAUCCGCUCAGCUGCUGUGGAAAUGGCUGGCUGGCAGCACAGUUACACCAGGGCCGUGUGGAUAUGGACGCCACCCAGGACCUGAUCUGCCGCUUCGUCUCCCAGGAGGAAGUGUACCUGAGUCAUGUGCGUCCUGAGGACUGUGAUAAGGGGGGACUCAAGAAUGUCAACCUCAUCAUCAUCCUCACCUUUGUACUGGUCUCUGCCAUCCUCCUCACCACCCUGGCCACAUGUUGCUGUGUCCGCCGGCAGAAGUUCAACCAACAGUAUAAAGCCUAGACAAGUUGGGGGCUGCAGAACAGCUCGGCCAGGAGCCCCUUCCAGGUCAGUGGGGGAGCCAAGGUCACAGAGAAGGGUGGAGACUGACCUGAGGUCACACAGUGAGCCAGGGUCAGAGAAACCUGGUCUCUACGUCCCAGCUUAGAGCUCCUUUCCCUGCAUCUUGCUUCAUCAGUAGGUGACCCACUUCUCAGGGUGCACAUAUGGUCCAGCUGUGGAAGCCAGAAGUUGGGCAGUUUCAGGAGUAACAGAGAGUGUGUUUGACCCAUUGCAUCAACAAAUCUUUGCCAGGCAUCGUUUUGGUGCCACACCCUGCUCUGGGCACUGGGGAUACCAGUGAAUGAGACACACCCCUGCCCUCAAGCAUCUCCCAGUCUGAGGGGAGGUGGUCGCAGAGCUGUGCAGUGACCGCUCAGUGUGGAAGCCCAGGGCUCCGAAGCUCUGCAUCCCCAGCUGACUGAGUGUGGAGAGCCCAGCCCUGGCCAGGCCGUGGUAAGGGAGGGGCAAGACCAAGAGGAUUCGUCUGAGACAUUUCCAAGCAGACUGUUUGUCACAUCUUCUGAUAAUGACUUUCAGCUUUUCUGGAACAUGAAGAGCUUGUGACCGGAAGAGAACUGGAACCACAUGAGCAUGUCUUGGAUCCAGUGCUGUUGGGCGGGCUGCAGCAGCUCCAGGAGGCCCUGGCUGAGAGGCCGUCGCUCUGGGCUCCAGCCCAGGGCCGGCCAUUCUGUUUCCUGCUCUAAACAGACUGUUUCCCUACCUGACACUCUCAUGUUGCAUGUACUGGCCGAAACACUGUCCUAGCCAACGCCCCCACCCCAGGUCCCUGCCCCAUCACAGCUGCACUCUGGCUGGGGAGCCAGGAGUUUGCUUCUGAGGUAUCUGGUUCUAUUUUGCACCAGGCUUGGCAGCUGUAACAAGCCCCAAGCCUGUGUCUGCCUCUUUAUGACAGCCCUCUGAGGUUGGUAUUUUAUCCCAUUUUACAAAGAGCCUCCAACAGUCUCUCUGCAGGGUCCUCUGGCUAAGAAAUGCCAUAACUAAGAUUCAGCAUCAUAUCGUCCUGACUCCAGGGCCUGAGCUUUACAGGCUGCUAAAUGGACAGGAUGUGGCCCCACAUCGUGGGAACAAGGCUCAGGAGCAUCCUAUGCUACACAGCC